AUGAGCGCACUGCCCUCCCUCAACCAGAGCAUCACCGCCGCCUGGAACACCCCAGCGCCCCCCCAGCAGCAGAAAAAGAGGACCAGGAAGGCUGUGCCACUCAACGGCAUCACCGCCCCCGGCACCCCCGUAGACCCCUCCAUCUCGGCUCAGGCGGGGCCUUCAGGCGAGGACGACGCCCAGCCUACACCCCCUCCGGCUCCCCGGAGAAAACGCCCUAGGACAGACCCAUCAACGAUCGCUGCCAAAUACACUCCUCCCGAUGUGAACCUCUCGCUUCUGGGAGGUCUGCAGUCACAAAUCACCCAGCUGCUCGAGAUUGUGGCCCUGCCGUUGUGGCACCCGGAGAUCUAUCAGCAUACCGGAGUGCCCCGACCAAAGGGUGUCUUGCUCCAUGGUGUACCCGGAGGAGGAAAGACGCAGUUGGUGAGGUGCUUGGCGGGAGAGAUGAAGUUGCCAUUCAUCAGUGUCUCCGCGCCGAGUAUCGUUUCGGGAAUGUCGGGUGAGAGUGAGAAGACGCUGAGAGAUACGUUCGAGGAGGCCAAGAAAGUCGCCCCUUGCAUAUUAUUCUUGGACGAGAUAGACGCCAUCACGGGCAAGCGGGAGAACGCUCAGCGAGAAAUGGAGCGACGUAUCGUGGCGCAGCUCUUGACGCUCAUGGACGACCUCGCGGCUAGCGAGGAGCCUGUCAUUAUCAUCGGAGCGACCAACCGACCUGAUUCCUUGGAUCCUGCUCUGCGAAGAGCAGGUAGGUUUGAUCAUGAGAUUGAGAUGGGAGUGCCUACGCAGGAGGGAAGAGAGCAAAUCCUUCGAGUUCUCUGCUCAAAGCUGCGUCUUUCAGGAGACGUCGAUUUCCGAGCUCUUGCCAAGGCCACCCCGGGUUAUAUCGGUGCCGACCUCACAGCCUUGACAACCGAAGCUGGAGUCACUGCCGUCAAGCGCAUCUUUGAGGAAAUGACUUCUGGGGAGCGAGAAUUCCCUGCACCCGAUGGAGUCGAAAACAUGAUGAUUGACGACCAGCCGUUUGCCAACUUGUCUGCGGACUUGAGACAAACGGCCAUCGCCAAAUUCCUGCUCUCUCACCCAUCUCCCCUCUCUUCCGACCAACUCGAUAGCAUCUCCCUCACUCCAUCCGACUUCCUCACUGCUCUCAAAAUCGUCCAGCCAUCAGCCAAGAGAGAAGGCUUUGCCACGAUCCCCGACGUUACAUGGGCCGAUAUCGGUGCGCUCUCUGCGACUCGCGAUGAGCUGCAUAUGGCCAUUGUACAGCCCAUUAGACAUCCGGAAAUGUUCAGCACAGUCGGUAUCGAUGCGCCCAGCGGUGUGCUCCUCUGGGGUCCCCCGGGUUGCGGUAAGACGUUGCUGGCAAAGGCCGUUGCCAAUGAAAGUCGAGCCAACUUUAUCAGCGUCAAGGGUCCAGAGUUGCUCAACAAGUACGUUGGUGAAAGUGAACGCGCUGUCCGCCAGGUGUUUACCCGUGCCCGUGCUUCCGCUCCCUGUGUGAUCUUUUUCGACGAGCUCGACGCUCUCGUCCCUCGCCGAGACGACUCGAUGUCUGAAUCCUCCGCCCGUGUCGUCAACACCCUCCUCACUGAACUCGAUGGUCUCGAUGCCCGUAAAGCGGUCUAUGUCAUUGGCGCUACCAACCGUCCCGACAUGAUUGACCCUGCAAUGGUCCGUCCGGGACGUCUGGACAAGCUGUUGUAUGUCGACCUGCCGAGCGCGGAAGAGAGAUUCGACAUUCUCAGGACGCACACAAAAAAGACACCCAUCGACGAGACUAGCUGGGGAACGAUCCGUGAAGUUGUCAUGUCUGACAAGUGUGAGGGUUUCUCGGGAGCGGAUAUUGCUGCUCUCGUCCGAGAAGCUGCCACACUUGCCCUCCGCUCCGCGCUGGAGUCUAUCGGCGCUUUCGAGACUGCCGCAGAGUCUGAACCUCUGGGUGUUGCUGAGCGAGCCCGGGAUGUCAGAGUCACUAUCGAACACUUCCAGAGGGCUGCCCAAAAGACAUUACCCAGUGUGUCCAGGGAGCAGAGGAUCAAGUACGAGAGGAUGCGAGACAAGUAUGCGGGUGUACCGACCCGCGGGAGAAAGCAGAGAGAGGCGGAAGCUGCUGCAGCUGAGAAGUCUGCAAAGCUGGAAGGUGCCAAGACUGAGGCGGACGAGGGAGAGGGCAUGGUGGUUGAUGACAUUGGCGGGGGCAGGGGAGGUGUCAGUGAGAAGGCAUUCGUUGCUUGA